AUGCUAGAUGUUACACGGUUGACAACAUCAUGCGUCAGUGUUGAGCUGUGGGCUGCAGUCACGGACGUCAGUUUGAUAGGUCUCGAGCCUAGGGAUGCUUUUACACCACUUAUAACUGCUUUAACUCUCCCUGAAGACUCGCUUGCUGGCUUACUCAAACCAAAAGUCACCGAUGCUGAGACGGAUCCAUUGCUCUUAGCAGAGCUAGUGAAUGCGUCAACCUUUGGUGCUGGUGUAGUCACUGUAGUCAUGAUUGGUGAGUUCUGUGCUGACAUUGUGGUAAUGUGA